AUGGCGCCGAGUCGGGUCUGGACUCUGCUGGUGGCCUGCCUCUGCGGACCGUGCCUGGGACGAUUGGUGUCCGUGGCCGAUUUGCACGGUGACUUUGAUCACGCGGUGAAUAUCCUCAGCAGUGCCAAACUGAUCGACAAGGAGACUCACAAAUGGAUUGGUGGGGAUGCGACCCUCGUUCAGACGGGUGACAUCACCGACCGAGGAGACCACUGCAAGCAGAUCUACGAGUUGUUCUUUCGGCUUCGGAAGGAGGCUGAGGAGGUUGGGGGCCGCGUGAUCAACGUGCUGGGCAAUCAUGAGGUCAUGAACAUGCAGGGUGACUGGCGCUACGUGAGCCAGGGCGAUGUCGACGAGUUCGGCGGAAUGGAGGAGAGAAAACAGGCCUGGGCCUGGGACGGAUGGUUGGGCUCCGAAGUGCAGAAGUUUCCAGUGGCAGUCGUGGUGGACAGAGUCCUUUUCGUCCACGCCGGUCUGCUGCCUGAGAUGUUGGACCACCGGACCCUGGAAGAGCUGAAUGUGGCCUUCCAUGGGGCCCUGAAGCAUGCGAGCACCUCCAAGCAUAUGAAGAAGGAUGAACCCAAGCUGCUGGGAGGUCACGGUCCCGUGUGGGCCAGAGAUUAUGCCUAUGGUCGCAGCAACAUUUGCCAACUUGCCCAACAGGUCCUGCAGAAGGUGGAUGCUGAUCGGAUGGUGGUGGGCCACACCAUCCAACGAGAUUUCCAGGUGCAUUCCAAGUGCCAUGGGCAGAUCAUCCUAGGAGACACUGCCAUUUCCAGCGCCUAUGGUGGUGCCAUGUCCUUCAUCGAAUACGACGGCAGCGAGGUCAAGGCCCGCUAUCCCGGCAGCGAAGCUAUCGUGGCGUUGCCGGAGGUGGGGCUGCCGGAUGUCACCAGCGGUGAUGUGCAACGAGGCAGUGGCAUGGCCUGGCCUGUGCUGGUGAUCAUAGGAUUGCUGGUGGCCGUGCGCUCAGAGGGGUGA